UCCCGUUCACUCCCUCGCAGUGACAUCACUGAGCGCCUGCUUUUCGCCAGCGCUGAGUGUCUGCACAAGUCUCACAAAGGAGUACCUGACGCUUGGAUGCAUUCAACACUAACCGACCACUUCACGGGCAUUUACACAGACAAAAUGGAAGAUCGCCAAUGAGCGAUUGUCUUCAUUGGUGGAAUGGACCAGGAAGCGUAGCCUGAGAAGAAACAACAUGGCCGCCCACCGUAUCCGAGCGACGAACAACAACAAUGCACUCCCUCGCUGCAAAUCUGAGGGGACUCUCAUUGACCUCAGCGAGGGGGUGUCUGAGGCCAGCCUCACAGAUGUCAAAGUGCCUUCUCCCAGUGCCUUAAGACUGGACACCUCGGCCUCUUUUGGAACGGCCCGGGAAGUCGUUGCCAUCAAGGAUUACUGUCCCUCCAGCUUUACCACUUUGAAGUUCUCCAAGGGUGACCGCCUCUUCGUGCUGGACACGUCAGGGGGAGAAUGGUGGUACGCCCACAAUAACACGGAGAUGGGGUACAUCCCCGCGGCUUACGUCCAGCCAGUGAACUACCGGAACUCGUCUCUCAGUGACAGUGGGAUGAUUGACAAUCUCGGGGAUGGCCCUGAGGAGGGCGCCAAGGAGCUGGAUCUUCUUGGCGAGUGGACUGGGGUGGUUCCGAAGUCCAGCCUGCCCCAUGACAGCAACCCAUUUACCAACCGCUCCUCCACUAACCCUUUCCUCAGCGGAGCCCUGGACCAGAAUAGCAAUGAGAAGGUGCACAACAGUGUGGACCUGCUGCUUUUUGACACUCUGUCACCAACCGUCCCAAGCUCCAUCUCCAGCUCCGCGGUUACUGCCAACGGCUUCGGCAACAGCAUUUUUGACUUGACCCCAAUGAGCCCUAACCAAGAAUUUGGGCACUCUCUCCGCAAGGACAACCCCUUCUUCAGGAGCAAGCGGUCCUACAGUUUGUCGGAGCUCUCCAUCCUCCAGGCUAACUCCAAUGCUCCCCAAACCUCCUCCAGUUUCUUCAGUGGCUUGAAAGCUCCGUCCCCAGAGCAGUUUCAAAGCAGGGAAGACUUCAGGACGGCAUGGCUGAACCACAGAAAGCUGGCGCGGUCUUGUCAUGACCUUGACUCCCUGGGACAGAACCCGGGCUGGGGUCAGACACAGCCGGUAGAGACCAACAUCGUGUGCAAGCUGGACAGCUGUGGUGGAGCCGUCCAGCUUCCGGACACCAACAUCAGUAUUCACAUCCCCGAGGGCCACGUUGCCCCAGGAGAGACCCAGCAGAUCUCAAUGAAAGCUCUCCUGGAUCCCCCACUGGAGCUCAACAGCGACCGCUGCUCCACAGUGAGCCCUGUGGUGGAGGUCAAGCUUAGCAACAUGGAGGUCAAGACCUUCAUCACACUGGAGAUGAAGGUGUCAGUGGUGGUGAAGAAGGAGAGCAGGCAGACGGCCGAUAUCGUGUGCGUUAGAAGUGACUGCAAGGAAGGCCCUUACGCUCCAAUCCCUCAGGCCUAUGUGUAUGGGGAUAUGGUCCAGGUCCAGCUGGACAAUCUGGAGCCCUGCAUGUACAUUGCUGUUGUGGUGCAGGCCCAGCACCUGUCCCUAAACUCCACCGUUUGGGACCAUGUUCUGAAGAAGGUCACACUGGGCGUGUAUGGGCCCAAGCACAUCCAUCCCUCCUUCAAAACGGUGGUGGCCAUUUUCGGCCAUGACUGUGCCCCAAAGACUCUGCUGGUGAGUGAGGUAGGGAAGCAGAUCCACUCUGCUCCUCCAGUGGCCCUUCAACUGUGGGGUAAGCAUCAGUUUGUCCUGGGGCGACCUCAGGACCUGCAGGUUGGGGUGUACUCCAACAUGUCCAACUAUGAGGUCAAAGUCAACGAUCAGGCUAGGGUGGUGCGAGGCUUUCAGGUAAAACUGGGCAAGGUCAGCCGGCUCAUUUUCAUGAUAUCCUCUCGGAAUCCGGAUGACAUCUCCGAUUUUACCCUGCGGGUCCAGAUCAAAGAUGAUCAUGACUCCAUCCUGGCACAGUUCUGCGUGCAGACACCUCAACCGCCUCCCAAAACAGGUAUGCGGACAACAGGCCAGAGGAGGUUCCUGAAGAAGAAGGAAGUUGGGAAAAUAAUUUUGUCCCCACUGGCUAUAACCACAAAAUACCCAGUGUUUCAGGAUCGCUGUGUCACCAACAUGAAAUUUGGCAAGCUACUCAAAACGGUGAUCAGACAAACUAAGAACCAGUAUCUCUUGGAGUACAAGAAAGGGGACGUGAUUGCGCUGCUUAGUGAGGAGAAGAUCAAACUGAAAGGACAACUGUGGACCAAAGAGUGGUACAUCGGAUACUAUCAGGGCAAGACAGGGCUUGUCCACGCAAAAAAUGUUCUGAUUGUGGGGAAGGUUAAGCCCAUAUAUUUCUGCGGACCGGACCUCACCACCACUAUGCUAUUGGAGCAAAUCCUGAAGCCCUGCAAGUUCCUCACCUACAUCUAUGCCUCGGUGAGGACGAUCCUGAUGGAGAACGUCGGGAACUGGAGGGCUUUCGCUGACGCCCUCGGGUACACCAACCUGCCUCUGACGUAUUUCUGUCGGGCGGAGCUGGACAGCGAGCCCGAACGCGUGGCGUCCGUGCUGGAGAAGCUCAAGGAGGAUUGCAAUAAUGCGGAGAACAAGGAGAAGAAGUCGUUUCAGAAGGAGCUCAUGAUGGCCCUGCUGAAGAUGGACUGCCAGGGGCUGGUGGCGCGGCUGGUCAUGGACUUCGUCCUGCUGACCACGGCCGUGGAGGUGGCGGCCCGCUGGAGGGAGCUGGCCGACAAGCUGGCCAAAGUGUCCCGGCAGCAGAUGGAUGCCUACGAGGCGCCCCACCGGGACAAGAAUGGGGUGGUGGACGGCGAGGCUAUGUGGAAGCCAGCGUACGACUUCCUGCUGACGUGGGCGGCCCAGAUCGGGGACAGCUACAGGGACGUGAUCCAGGAGCUCCACAUGGGUCUGGACAAGAUGAAGAGCCCCAUAACCAAGCGCUGGAAGCACCUGACGGGCACGCUCAUCCUCGUCAACUGCCUGGACGUCCUCCGGAGCUCCGCCUUCAGCCCCGCCGCUCAGGAUGACUUCGCCAUUUGAACCACGCCCAAUGCCUGAGACUCCGCCCCAAGCCCCCACUUCACAAGGGAGGGGGGCGGGGUCUUUGUGACUGUAGCCCCGCCUCUUCCUGAUGCCCGCCUUUCAUCAUCGACCGUCAAAAUGGCUGUUUGUUCCCGCUCAAUCCCCAGUAGGCUCUUGCCUUCUGCCCUGCUCCUAUGGGAGAAUUUGGCAUCUUUGCCCUGCCCCUUCCUUUCCCCCCUAACUCAGAAGCAAUUGUGGGUAGCCUCCCUAGCCAAUCACUGUUGUGGUCUCAGUAUUUGGUUUUUUGCUAAUUUGUAAAAGGGUAUUUUUAUUGAUGUCCUUCACAGUAUAUAUUUUUUUACUCUUAAAAUGGCACAGCACCAGUUUUUUAGAACCACUGUGACACUAUCCAACAUCAUUUACGUAGAGACUGAAUGCUAAUUAUGGGGGGGUGGAGUUUAACUAAAUGUUAACCCUGUCAUGUCUUAAAUGGGAAAUAUAUAUGUAUAUUUAUAUACGUUCAAAUUUUUAUGUUGAAAACACAAUGACCGUGUUCAACUGUCGGAUUUCUGCUCACUUUUGGUCUUUUUACAUUUCAUUCUUACUUGCUUAACCUUAAACGCGAAGAUGAAAAACAGCGUGUAAGUGAGACUCAAAUUUCAUUCUUCUGAAGAGCGACCUCUGUAUUUUUUAUUACUUUAAAGCUUUUCCACAUACCUUUGCUCCUGCUGCAGCUCUUUAUAGAAUAUUCCAGAAGACAUUUCUACCGGUUUAUCCACUUUUUACAAACAUGAUUUUGUACAUUUUGUAUGGAAGCUUAUCAAACAAGUGAAUAAGGCUUUUUGACACGUGUAGCCUAUAUGCUUUGAAAACAAGUGUCUGUCAUCAAUGCCAACUACCUUUAUUUCAAGAAUUUGCCCUUCAUUUGAAGGCUUUCAGCUGUUUUCUGUGGUGUAUUCAGUGCAGAGUACUGUAUCAAUGUUUAGUGCUGGGGGGGGGUGGGGUUGUAUUAUUUUGUGACUGCAUCUGUUUUCGAGGGAAAUAAAAAAAAAUGAAUGUAAAUAUUUGUACACAUGGUUACAGGGAUAUUUUAAUGUUGGACUUAUUGUUUAUAUUCUGAAAAGUCUCGCAAGCACGUCUCCAUGGUGUCUGGAUGAAAAGAUGUGUACAUCUUUCUGGUGGAAGAGUGCAAGAUAUUUUCAGUCAUUUGUGUUUGUGUUGGUUAUUUUGUAGUCCACUGAGGCAUAACAUUGGAUGCGCUCAUGACCCGAGUCAACAUUAUUUUUGUUAAUUUGCUGCCAAAAAUGUUUGAUGAAAAGACAAGUCAUUUAAAGCCAUCUGUCAGUUUUUUCCCCCAUUAAUUCAAUAAAGUGGAUACAUUUGGAAAUAUUUCUUGCUA